GGCCUUCCAGACAGACUUCCAAAAGAGGCUGUGAAAGAAAGGACAAAGGAACAUUAUUUUACAGUUUUGCCAAUGAAUUUUUACCAGUCUGCCACAUUUAAUCACUGCCUUAUUUAUUAAUUCAAAAAAUACUUAUUGACCAGCCCUUCAAAGCUUUGAGCUGGCGGGCGUCACGGUCGUGAGGGUUAGCAUCCAUGACCUGCACAGGGGCAGUUAGCGCCGUGGGCCGUCUUCUCCUCUUUCACUAGAGCUCCCGCCCACAGUCUGAUUUGAGUCAGUCUUGAUUUCUUUCAGAACAUGGGCCUGUGAACUGGGCUGGUUUUCUUGGCCACGUGGAUAGUGGAGCAUGGAUGAAGUUGACAGGCGGGUCGAGUCUGAAGAAUCGGGCGACGAGGAAGGGAAAAAGCAGAGCAGCGGUAUAGUGGCAGACCACAGCGAGCACAGCCUGAAGGAUGGAGAGGAGCGGAGGGAGGAAGAACCAGAAGGACAAGAGCUGCCUGUGGAUAUGGAGACCAUUACCCUGGACAGAGAUGCAGAGGAUGUUGACCUGAAUCACUAUCGCAUUGGAAAAAUUGAAGGAUUUGAGGUUCUAAAGAAAGUGAAGACACUCUGCCUCCGUCAGAAUCUAAUCAAGUGUAUUGAGAACCUGGAGGAACUGAACAGUCUCCGAGAGCUCGACCUGUAUGACAACCAGAUCAAGAAGAUUGAGAAUCUGGACACACUGACAGAGCUGGAGAUUCUAGAUAUUUCCUUUAACCUACUGAGAAACAUCGAAGGGGUGGACAAGUUGACACAACUGAAAAAACUCUUCUUGGUCAACAAUAAAAUCAAUAAAAUUGAGAACUUGAGCAACUUACAUCAACUGGAGAUGCUGGAGCUGGGGUCCAACCGCAUCCGGGCCAUUGAAAAUAUCGACACAUUAACCAGUCUGGACAGUUUGUUUUUGGGGAAAAACAAGAUCACUAAACUUCAGAACCUGGACGCACUCUCCAACCUGAGAGUCCUCAGUAUGCAGAGCAAUCGGCUGACCAAGAUCGAGGGUCUGCAGAGCCUGGUGAACCUGCGGGAGCUGUACCUCAGCCACAACGGCAUCGAGGUCAUUGAGGGCCUGGAAAACAAUAACAAACUCACGAUGCUGGACAUCGCAGCAAACAGAAUCAAAAAGAUUGAAAAUGUCAGCCAUCUAACAGAGCUGCAGGAAUUCUGGAUGAACGACAACCUCCUCGAGAGCUGGAGCGACCUGGACGAGCUAAAGGGAGCCAAGAGCCUGGAGACGGUGUACCUGGAGCGGAACCCCCUGCAGAAGGACCCGCAGUACCGGCGGAAGGUGAUGCUGGCGCUGCCCAGCGUGCGGCAGAUCGACGCCACCUUCGUCAGGUUCUGACCCUCCUCGCCCUCACCUGCUCCUCUCUCCAAAUGAACUUCCCGGCCACGGUUUUUUAAUCUACCUGUUGCUCCUGAAUCGUCACUAUCAACGGUCACAACCCAAUGGCAAUAAAAGGCACUGAGUGAUCACUGCCGUGUGUCCGCCGCUCGCGCUCUGAGAGGCGUGCUGUUCCUCGCACCACACGGCGGCCUCUGCUCUGUGUCCCCUCAGGAGGUCACCCAGGCACCUGUGUGCUGCUGGGGGGCAUUCAGGGCGUCCCAGAGGCCUGAGGCCUGUCAGCCCAGAGCUUCCCAGUCUUUUAGACCAGUUGAUGCCAGUGUUUAAAACACUUUAUAUAUUUAAAAAGAAACCAAAUGGUGGGUAAAGGUGGCUCGGCCCUCUGCCGUGACCCUCAGCUCCCUUAGAGAGCAGUGGCGUGUGCGGGCCCGGCCCCCGCCGCACCCCCAGGCCCUCUGAGGUCACCUUGCCACUCACAGAAGGUGCACCCGCCUGAGUCUUCUCAGACUUUGCAGGGAGCUCACCUUCAGCCACCUGUGACGUUGCCUCCCACUCUGACCCCAUUCUUCUGUCGGCUCGUGUUUUUUAAAAUUUACCUCAGCAGCCCCACGUCUGAUUAGUCUGCGUGAACCUGGUCGUCCUCGGGUCUCAGUUUCUCCUCAGCAGAAUGAGGACCACGCGUGGUCACCACAGGGCCCCUGCUCCCCACUCUCCGGAGCUGCCCGGCCCAGUGUAGGAGCCACGUGCUGCCACUCAUGGCUGGUUCGGUUCACGUUUAACUGCGUUAAAAUAAAGUGGAAUUAAAAA